CAUUAUAUCUACGGGGGAUCAGGGCGGCUGACAGCACAGGCUUGCAGAGACUGACCGCAAUGGCACCCGGUGGGAUCUAUCGGAGGUGUGAAGAACCACACCACGCCAUGAGCAAAGAGGGCACGAUCCCCAGCAGAGCAGGUGGUUUCCGGUUCCAACAGUGCAGGUGUGGUUCAGAAACAAUGUGCACAUCCAUCCUUUACCUUGCGAAUGCCAUCUCAGUUCUGCUGUGGAUCAUCGUCUUAUCUGUUAUGAUUUCAAAAAAUUCAGAAAUGGCCAAGGAGUUGCAACAGCUGCGUAGUACUCAAACCGCACUGAAAGUAAAUGGCUCUAACACAGAGAAGCGGCUGGAGGUGCUUCACUCCAAGCAGUCCAUCCAAGAGUUGAAGGUAAAUGAAAGCCUGCAGAAGCUGGGGGCUGUUUACAGUACAGAGAAAAACAAUGUGAACAAAAUUAUGGGUGAAAUGCAAGCUGACCAAAGAAAAAUCUGGGCAGAAACCUUUAAGCUACAGAAUGGAUUAUAUAAAAUUAAUGCCUCAGCCUGCCAAAUGUGUCCUGAGGGCUGGAUGCUGAACCGAGGACAAUGCUACUCUUUUCAGAUAACAAGCAAGCACUGGUCUUUUGCCAGGACCUCCUGUGAGGCUCAAGGUGCCCAGCUGGUUGUCAUUGACAAUUCCGAGGAGCAGGCAUUUCUUACCUCGAACACCAAAAAGAAGAACUACUGGAUUGGUCUCAAUGACAUUCAGACGGAAAACACAUUUGUCUGGGUAGAUGGACGUACACUGUCAUAUAACCACUGGUAUCCAUGGGAGCCCAACAAUGCUGGCAAAGGGGAGGACUGUGUCAUAAUGAACUCUUUGGGCUGGUGGGAAGAUCGUGAGUGUGGCGGCACCACAGAUGGCUGGAUCUGCGAAAAGAGCUGGAACUGCUAGCUAUGUCCAAGCAGGAGCAGAACGCAAGCCCUGCACAGUGUGAUCUCUGCGGCGCUGCAACUCUGUUGUGUCUCUGUAACCAACAGCUCCCAGCAGAGGCGGCUUUAACCCUUCUGGGUGCCCCCCUCUCAGAAAGGCGGCUGAUGAUGCAGGGCCAUCAGUAAGUCAGCCGAAAGCUAGGACUCAAGCUGUGAUUUGUUAGCCUUCCUCCAUAGCUUUGCUAGGCUUCACCGUAAUUCCAGAGCUGUGCAUAACAUCUAGAAGUCUUGGCUUCAGUUUCAGUCUGUACUUUAUUUACAUGUUAGGUUAACCUUGUUCUUACAUUCACAACCUAAUCACUCAUUCACUAAAAUGCCAACUAAACAGACUCGUUUUUCACAGCCUGUGGAAUGGAGAAGACGAUGUGAGAGGCGUGGGUGGCUGAUUAUUGGGACAGGCCUUGAUAGCAACAUGCUUCUCCCAAGGAGGGUCACCUGGCACCUGUGUUAUAGUUAUUUAGAGCACCAGGAAAAGAUCCCCUCCAAAACAGUGUAAUCUAAAUAAAUGUGUUUCAUCUCCAUCACGCUCCUGUGCAGCUCUUUUAAGAUUUUGAAUCCUACCACUUUUAGCCUUAGUGUCUGAUACCUUUAAUUGCUUUAUGCUGUAUCUUUGAUUUUGUAUUGUAAAAGUUACCUUGGGAAUUUGUUUGAAAGAUGAGAUAUAAAGUUUGAAAAUAUGUCUCUUAAGAUAAGGCAGAAAUCUAGCUAUAGGUGGGAUCCAACUUUGGAAAUCAGCAGCCAAACCCCUCUAAAGGCCAGAGGUCUUAAUUUUUCCAUAGGGAGAAAUACGAUUACUCAUAAUAUGAUAAAAGAGAGCUCAGAUCGGCAUAAAAUGUGUAUGUUUUGAUUUAAAUAAAUACACGAGCAUUGAGAAA